GUGCCUGCAGGAGCCCCCUCAGUGUGCAGACCUAGGCUGGGCGCGGAGCUGCAGCACACCCACAGGCCCCGGGAUGCAGGCCCUAAUGCUACUCCUCUGGACUGGAGCCCUCCUUGGGCAUGGCAGCUGCCAGAACAACGCCGGCGGCCCAGAGGAGGGCUCCCCAGACCCUGACAUCACAGGGGCACCAGUGGAGGAGGAGGAUCCUUUCCUCAAGGUCCCUGUGAACAAGCUGGCAGCGGCCGUCUCCAACUUUGGCUAUGACCUGUACCGCGCGAAAUCCAGCAUGAGCCCCACCGCCAAUGUGCUCCUGUCCCCACUCAGCGUGGCCACAGCACUCUCUGCCCUUUCGCUGGGGGCGGAACAGCGGACAGAGUCCAGCAUUCACCUGGCUCUCUACUAUGACCUGAUCAAGAACCCAGACAUCCACGGCACCUACAAGGAACUCCUUGCGUCCGUCACUGCCCCCAAUAAGAACUUCAAGAGCGCUUCCCGAAUCAUCUUCGAGAAGAAGCUGCGCAUCAAAUCCAGCUUUGUUGCACCACUGGAGAAGUCAUAUGGGACCAGGCCCAAGAUCCUGACUGGCAACUCUCGCACGGAUCUUCAGGAGAUUAACAACUGGGUGCAGGCCCAGAUGAAAGGGAAAAUUGCUAGGUCCACAAGGGAAGUGCCCAGUGAAAUCAGCAUUCUCCUUCUCGGUGUGGCUUACUUCAAGGGGCAGUGGGUAACAAAGUUUGACUCCAGAAAGACUUCCCUCCAGGAUUUCCACUUGGAUGAGGAGAGGACCGUGACAGUCCCCACGAUGUCAGAUCCGAAGGCCAUUCUACGCUACGGCUUGGAUUCUGAUCUCAACUGUAAGAUCGCCCAGCUACCCCUGACCGGAAGCAUGAGCAUCGUCUUCUUCCUGCCUCAGAAAGUGACCCAGAACCUGACCAUGAUAGAAGAGAGCCUCACCUCCGAGUUCCUUCAUGACAUAGACCGAGAGCUGAAGACUGUGCAGGCAGUCCUGACCAUCCCCAAGCUGAAGCUGAGUUAUGAGGGUGAAGUCACUAAGUCCCUGCAGGAGAUAAAGCUGCAAUCCUUGUUUGAUUCACCAGACUUUAGCAAGAUCACAGGCAAACCUCUCAAGCUUACUCAAGUGGAACAUCGUGCUGGCUUUGAGUGGAAUGAGGAUGGGGCAACCAACCCCAGCCAAGGGCCCCAGCCUGCCCACCUCACCUUCCCCUUGGACUACCACCUUAACCAACCUUUCAUCUUUGUACUGAGGGACACGGACACAGGGGCCCUUCUCUUCAUAGGCAAAAUUCUGGACCCCAGGGGCACUUAAUGCUCUAGCUUAAUGUUCAAAUACCCUAGAUGAAGAAAACCCUAGAGGGAUGGCAGAUUAUAUAUUACGUGAAGGCUGCCCUAUAAUGUUUCAAUGUAUCCUUUUCAAUAAAAGUGCUUUAUCCUU